AUGCAAAGACUAAAAGCCAAUAGAUCAGGUUGUGUUCAUGACGCUCAAAAGUUUAAAGAUCUUCGACGCCUAAUGAAACAACUUAUCUCGCAAAAAAAGGAGUACGCAACUAAACUCAGAGACUCUGUCACGGAAAACCCGAAACGGUUCUGGUCUUUCGUAAAAUCCUCUAGGUCGGUCAAAAUCACUGCGAAUUUCCUUCGAGAUAAUCAGUUUUUUAUUACUGACAGCCGUGACAAGGCUAACCCACUGAACUCCUUCUUCCAGUCAGUCUUUAGUCGUGCUCAAGCUACCACUACAACAUCUAAUCUCCCAUUCUCCUCCGACACAGCCUUAUCCAACUAACAGAAAACGAAGUCUUUAAAGCUCUUGACGGUUUGGAUCCAAGCAAAGCAUGCGGACCUGAUGGGAUACCUGGAAAACUUCUCAAGAUGACGGCUGACAUCAUCGCACCAUCUCUCUGUUAUAUAUACAAUCUUUCUUUGUCCCAAGGUGUAGUUCCUGCUUGCUGGAAGCUUGCAAACGUUUCACCUGUGUUAAAAAAAGACGACCCAACGCUCGCUUCUAACUAUAGACCCAUAUCCCUAUUAUCUAUCAUCUCAAAAACGUUUGAACGCUGGGUGUAUAACCACUGCUAUCCCCAUCUAUCACAUUUCUACCAUCUACAGCAUGGUUUCUUAAGGGGUAAAUCUACGGUAACUCAACUACUCCACGUCUACCAAGAAAUCCUAGAUCUCUUAGCUGGUGGGAAAGAGGUUGAUGCCAUCCACCUAGACCUGUCCAAGGCCUUUGAUCGUGUUCAACAUCACAUGCUUCUGUACAAGCUUGAGCAAUACGGCAUAUCAGGCUCGCUUCUUCAGUGGUUUCGUAGUUACCUGAGUGACAGAUAUCAGCGUGUUGCCUUAGAUGGGACCCUCUCAGACUGGCUCCCCGUGACCUCUGGAGUCCCACAGGGAUCCAUCUUAGGACCCCUCCUGUUCCUAGUAUACAUUAACGACAUGCCAGGAUACGUAGGACAGGGCUCGAGUAUUGCAUUAUUUGCGGAUGACCCUAAACUAUAUAGGCCCAUAAACUCGGCAUCUCACCAUCUGUUGCAAUCGGACCUUUCAGGCCUUCAAAAUUGGAGUAAUGACUGGGGCAUGACGUUCAGCCCAUCCAAGUGCAAAGUGAUGCACAUGUCUCGGAAAAAGGUCUGCUCCUCUGCUUCACUCCAAUACCACCUGAACGACAAACCCCUGGAAAGUGUGACACACAUCUCUGACCUGGGUGUCAUAGUUUCCAAAGACCUCUCCUAG